AUGAGGAUCCUAAGCUGGAAUUAUAGGGGAUUUGGCCAAUCCCUUACAAGAAGCUUCUGUGGCAGGCUAUGCCGCCAAUUUGGCCCUUCGGUUCUCUUUCUAAUGGAAACCAAAAAAGAUGAACUGUUUAUGGAGGAGAAAAGAAGAUCUCUGAAGUUUGAUUUUGGAAUGUAUGUUAACCCGACGGAAGAAGGUAGUGGAUUAGCAUUAUGGUGGAAAGCAGAUGUGGACGUUCGGUUGCUAGAUAAAUGUAAGUCCUAUAUGGAUGUAAGCAUUAGGAAGGAAGGGAUCGAGUUCUUUUGUACUUUUUUCCACGCCCCCACCACGGCGGUGGAGAGGAGGAGACUUUGGGAUCGACUUACGAUCAUCAGGUCUUCCCCUGAAGAUAGUUGGUUAAUUGUUGGGGAUUUGAAUGUUGCCCUGCAUCCGUUUGAAAAACAGGGGCGGUGCCCCCUAAGGAAUGAAAAUGUCGACCCCUUCAAGUAUUUUAUUUCGCAGAAUGGCUUGAUCGAUCUUGGUUUCACUGGCCAAGUCUUCACAUGGACCAAUAAUCAGUUGGGAAAUGACCUUGUACGAGAGCGCCUCGAUAGAGGUUUAUGCUCUGUGGCCUGGAGACUCUGCUUCGGAGAAGCAAUGGUCCACCAUGAAGAAUUCGUAAGUUCUGAUCACUGCCCGAUCAGAAUUGACCUCCACCCGAAAAAGCAGAACGGAAAAACUCCAUUCCGAUUUGAUAAAAGAUGGAGAGAAAAUGGAGAAUGCAACCAGAUCAUUGGUGAAGUUUGGGAACAGGGAGGAAGAAUUAACGAUCUUCUCGACAAAUGCAGGACUAAUCUUCAGAACUGGUCAGUGAAGGAUAGAACAAACAAAAUCAGGAGGGAAAAGGAAAUCAGAAGAAGACUACAAGAUAUCCAAGGGCCUACUAGAAACCAAGAGAUGGCUGAAGAGGAGAAGCACCUUCGACAAGAGCUUGAAACAAUGUGGAAACUGGAAGAAGAGUUUUGGCAGCAGAGGUCCAGGAACAGCUGGCUCCAAGAAGGAGACCAAAACACAGGUUUUUUUCACGCGAGCACCAUUAAACGAAGUAGCAGGAAUAGAAUUGCAAAACUCAAAGAUGAAACAGGGCUCUGGAUCCACGAUGAACAAAUACUUGAGGAUCAUGUCAAUGAGUUCUAUGGCAAUCUUUUCACGACACGAUCGGAUCACUAUGAUCAGGACAUUCUCGAGGGCUUCCCCAAGAUGGUUUCCCUUGAGGAUAAUGAUUCCCUGUGUGCCGAGUUCCAGAAGGAGGAGAUCAGGAAUGCUGUGUUCCAGCUUGGAGCCAGCAAAGCCCCAGGUCCUGACGGAUUUCCUGGUCACUUUUUUAGAAGAUAUUGGAGCCUGGUGGGGGACCUGUUUUGCAGUGAGAUUGUUUCUUUCUUUAAUACGAGCACUAUGCCACCAAACUGGAACGAAACUUUCAUAACCCUCAUCCCUAAGGUGGAUGCACCGGAGUUUAUUGGACAAUUCAGGCCUAUCAGCUGCUGCAACUUCAGGUAUAAGGUGAUCACAAAGAUACUGGCUAACAGACUGCAUCCGCUUUUACCGAAUCUGGUCAAUGAACUUCAAGCAACAUUUACAGGUGGGAGACUCAUACAAGACAACAUAGUUAUUGUGCACGAGGUUCUCAAUCAUUUCAAGAAGAACAAAACGGGGACAAAGAAAAAUUUGAUGAUGAAGCUGGACAUGAGGAAGGCCUAUGACUUGGUGGAAUGGGAUUCUCUUAUUGAGUUAUUAAAAGCCUAUGGGUUUAAUGAGAGAUGGUGUGGAUGGAUUAAAACGUGCAUCACGACUGUAAGGUUCAAGAUUCUGUUUAAUGGGAACCCUACUGAGGAGUUCACCCCAUCCAGGGGGAUCAGACAAGGAGACCCCAUUUCCCCCUCCUUUUCAUACUAA